CGCGCCGCACAGCUGAGAAUAAGCAUUAGAGUUUUCUCCAUCUCGUCUGGUAUAAUAUAUGGCUAUAUAAGAUCUGAACGCCUAAAUUUAAUAAAUAGUAUUGCCCUGUUUCUUUGGACUCCAACCAAUAUAUCCACUCACAUCAUGGCGACCGCUUCUCCCCCGGCCCACGCUCGUCCGUUCCAUUCAUUUACCACCCCACGUCUGAUUAUUCGAAGUUGUCUUCCAUCCGAUGCCAAGCAGAUCCAAGCCAUACGUAGCAAUCCACUCAACAAUCCCUAUGGCGGUGUGAAUGAGCCUGAUCUCCCCGUCGAGGUGCAGGUUCAAAGGCUCGAAGCCCAGCAGAUAUCCACCGCCAAAGGCGAGAACGCAUGGAUGGUGAUCAUUCUGAAGAACAGCCUUGGCGAUGGAGACGACGCGGUCGAGGAAUUGAAGACCGACACAGGGAUCAUGAUCGGUAACACGGGGUUCAAUUCCUUCCCGCUCCAACCCUCUCUUGCGGAUGAGACGCAGAGCGUGUUGGUGGGCGAUACGGGCAUCAUGAUCGACAACCGGUUUGCGAGAAAGGGAUAUGCGCUCGAAGCGCUCUGCGCCAUCGUCGAGUAUGGAUUUCAGGAGCUGGGCUGUGGGAUGAUGAGUCUGGGUACUUCUGCGGUCAACGUGCCAUUUCGGAGCUUGAUGAGGACCAUGGGCAUAGGCGAGGGGACGCUCAGAGCUACAAAUGAGGGAGAGGAGGCAUGUUAUCUGUUUGAUAGGGAGAAAUGGGACGAGGCCAAGAAGCAUAUGGAGGGCAAUGGGAAGUGGUAUUUAUGAGGAGGGACGUUGAUCCGCAUUUACUUCUUAAUGGACGGUGGAGAUUUCUGAUCCUGCCAAUACACCUCAUUCUGACAUGUUGAAGUUGAUGGUAUAUACUUAGGCUCUAUUACUGUUGUUAUAGGGAGGUUAGUAGUAGGCAGGCUGGGAAGUAUUGUUAGUGGGUCAAUAUAUACAAUACCAUGUGCACCGAGUUUUCCGG